AGUUGUCCUGUGGAAAGGAACAAGAAGCGGUUAUGAACCAGUUCGAAAGGAUCAGAGAUCGUAUCCGGAGAAAAAGCAAGGAUGAUCCUCGAGUAAAAGAGCUGGAGGAUAAGCUUAAACAUUUAGUAGUAGACAUGGAGCAUUAUAAGGCAAAAGUGGGGGAGCUGGAGAAGGUGAACAGCACACACCCCAAGGACAUCUCAAACUCCGGGUUUCCCUGAAGGAGCAUGAGAAAGUGAGGAAGAGCCUGGACUGUGAAAGAGCGCACUGGAUGAGAGAACGACAGCGCCUAGAGGAACGUGUUGCUCAGCUGGAGAGCACUUUGGAGUUUGAGAAAAGGAAAUGGGAGGUGGAGAAUGAGAGGAUCAAGCUGGAAACGGAGAAGGCAAUUACACAGCGGAAUGAUCUCUCCUGUAUCAAGGCAACUGUGAAAUUUUGCGAGGAUCAACAGAAGAUUGUAGAGGAGGCGAGAAAGAAAAGGAUGGAAGCCCAAAAGCAACUGCAGAAAGCUGCACUACAGGUGGCCAAUCUGAACGCAGCGCUAAGACAACAGGAGCUGGAGACCAAUAAGAUCAGGUGGAACAUGGAGGAAAGGAACUCCACACAGCUUCUGACCAUCAGCAAACUCGAGAACAGCCUGAGACGCUGUGAUGAAGACAAGAUUUCUGCAGAACGUGAAACAGAGAGUUUGUUGAGAGAGCAAGAGCAACUGCUGAAACGGAUUGCUCAGCUGGAGGCCAUGUUGGCUUUUGAACAAGAAAAACGUUCAGUAAAAACACAAUACUGAUCUAAAUCAUCGAGGACUAAAAAACUGCACAGUUGUUGGAAAGUUAAGAUUCAGCACAUGAGCCCGGAACCCACAGGGGAAAAAAAGAGUCAAAAAAAAAAAGAAACCUCCCAACUUCAAACCUCCGAACUCCAUUUUAAGUAAAAAUUAAGCAUGAAAUCUGAUUUAAUAAAUUGUAUUUUAUGAAA